AUAAUUGUAAUAAGUAUGAUGGUAUUUAUUUUUAUUUUAGGUAACAUUAGAAAUGCGUAGUAACACAAUUUGUUGGAAUCCUAUGGAAUCAUUUGUGUUUACAGUGGCCAAUGAAGAUCAUAAUCUUUAUUCUUUUGAUUUACGCAAGCUAUCAAGAGCUUCUCAAAUUCAUAUGGAUCAUAUAUCAGCAGUUCUGGAUGUUGAUUAUUCUCCUACUGGAAAAGAAUUUGUAAGUGGAAGUUAUGACAAAACAAUAAGAAUUUUUCCUUUGACACAUGGAAGAAGCAGGUAGUAUUUUUUAUUGGAUAAUUAUUU